UAUAUGCAUGAUCAUUCAGUGUGAACGUGUAUCGAGUUAAUUUCUUAAAACAUAUGUGUGUUAUAUAGUAUAUUAAAGACUCGGCAUCUGUGGGAAUCGGAAAAUAUCUCCUUUAACAAAAACCAAGGAACAACGGAAGCGUACUGCAAGACAGCUUGAAUUGAAUACGAACAACAAGGAUUAGUAAAGUUUGUUUGCAAAUUUACGGCUACAAACUUGUUAACUGAUACAGACUCUAAUUGACACACACACAAUAGAUUUUCUCAAGUGUGCCAUCGCGAUGGCUGCUCCAGCAGCCUGUACGCGUUUUUCGGACAAUUACGAUAUCAAGGAAGAGCUCGGCAAGGGUGCCUUUUCAAUAGUAAAAAGAUGUGUCCAAAAAUCAACUGGAUUUGAGUUUGCGGCUAAAAUUAUAAACACCAAGAAACUAACAGCAAGAGAUUUUCAAAAGCUAGAACGAGAAGCUAGGAUUUGUAGGAAAUUGCACCACCCUAAUAUUGUUCGAUUGCAUGACAGCAUACAGGAGGAAAACUAUCACUAUCUUGUUUUUGAUCUUGUAACUGGUGGUGAACUUUUCGAAGAUAUUGUUGCACGUGAAUUUUAUUCAGAGGCUGAUGCAUCACAUUGUAUUCAGCAAAUAUUGGAAUCUGUCAAUCACUGCCACCAGAACGGUGUGGUGCAUCGAGAUCUCAAGCCAGAGAAUUUACUAUUAGCAAGUAAGGCAAAGGGUGCAGCUGUGAAACUCGCGGACUUUGGUCUAGCCAUUGAAGUACAAGGUGAUCACCAGGCCUGGUUCGGAUUUGCCGGUACCCCUGGGUAUCUAUCGCCCGAAGUAUUGAAAAAGGAACCAUAUGGCAAAUCGGUAGAUAUAUGGGCAUGUGGAGUCAUACUCUACAUACUGCUGGUCGGAUAUCCACCGUUCUGGGACGAGGAUCAACACCGCUUGUAUUCACAAAUCAAGGCCGGGGCCUACGAUUAUCCUUCGCCAGAAUGGGACACGGUUACGCCAGAGGCAAAAAAUCUGAUCAAUCAAAUGCUCACUGUAAACCCAAAUAAGCGAAUAACUGCAGCUGAAGCCCUUAAGCAUCCAUGGAUUUGUCAACGAGAGCGAGUGGCUUCUGUAGUACAUCGCCAGGAAACCGUGGACUGUCUCAAGAAAUUCAAUGCUCGACGCAAGCUUAAGGGAGCUAUACUCACCACAAUGCUGGCAACUAGGAAUUUCUCCAGCAGAAGCAUGAUCACCAAAAAGGGAGAUGGAUCUCAGGUGAAGGAAUCAACCGAUUCCUCUAGCACAACACUAGAGGAUGAUGACGUCAAAGAAGAUAAAAAAGGGAUCGUUGAUCGCAGUACCACAGUCAUAUCAAAAGACCCAGAAGAAAUAAGGAUUGUGUGUCCUGCAAAAACUUGCCAGCAAAUAUCAGGAACCUCACAAUGCUCUUCAGCAGCUAGACGACAGGAAAUAAUCAAGAUCACAGAGCAGUUGAUUGAAGCCAUCAACAGUGGCGACUUCGACGGAUAUACUAAAAUAUGUGAUCCACAUCUAACUGCUUUUGAGCCGGAGGCAUUGGGAAACUUGGUCGAAGGAAUUGAUUUUCACAAAUUUUAUUUCGAAAAUGUACUUGGCAAAAAUUGUAAAGCCAUUAACACAACAAUAUUGAAUCCCCACGUGCACUUACUGGGAGAAGAAGCCGCUUGUAUCGCCUAUGUAAGACUUACACAGUACAUCGACAAACAAGGACACGCACAUACUCAUCAAUCGGAGGAGACUCGCGUUUGGCACAGACGCGACAACAAAUGGCAAAACGUUCACUUCCAUCGAAGUGCAUCUGGCAAGAUCAGCGGGGCAACGACUUUCGAUUUUAUGCCACAGAAGUAGGCGGUAUCCGCAGAAAUUCAAAGAUAGCAUAAUUAAUUCGCUCCGAUAGCCUAAUAUGAUCUAUGUGUAUAUGAAUCUUUAUAAUAAACAGCUGAAACAACAAUAGUUCAACUCAA